UUCAUCGUUCACGAUCGUCCUCUUUUAUUACUAUCUAGACCAGUCGUACUCUUGGGUUGCGACGGAACCUCGGGAACUGGGCCAAGCAAGCUACCAGAGUUACCCGGCACCCCCAUGGGCCAUAGACCCACAUCGACUCCACCCAUGACGGCGGAUCCUCCCUUCCCCACACCUGCGCAACGCGCGCCUCGAGGUCCCAGGACGCGAUUUAGACAGCCUCGACGCGGGACAGAGCUUGUUGAGCACACGCCUACAGCUCAAAUCAAGACAUACGACUAUGCCCUUCGAGUGAAAUUUGCCGGCGACAAAGGCUAUUCAUCUUUGACUCACUGCGCAUUCAGACUGGAGGCACGCGACUGCGCUAGAAAAACCAGGCCACCAUGGCCCCUCCCUCCACCAAGAUCCUCGAGCGGGACCUCAAGACGGUUGUUCGCGAGCUCUGGAAAGCCGGCGGCGAUAACUUGACGGUCAAUGGCGUGCGCAAGCGCGUGGAAGAGAUGCACGAUCUGGACGAGGGCUUCUUCAACGGCCCGGACUGGAAGGACAGGAGUAAGACAAUCAUAAAGGGUCUUGUUGACAAACUCGAUAACGGCGAAGAUUCCGGCGCCGAGGAAGAAGGAAGGCCCGCCGCCAGCCUCCCAGCACGAGCGAAGCCGAAAGCCUCAAACGGUAUCAAACGCAGCUCACCUAUAGAGGAUCGACCGGCAGCCAAGCGACAGAAGAAGGCGCCCACCGCGAAGCCUGCGAAGAAGAGGAAGCCCGCAAAAAAGGCUGCAUCCGAAUCAGAACUAAGCGAAGAAGAAGAGUCGGAGCCCGAGUCAGAUCUGUCGGAAAUGUCUGAAGACGAGGAGCCGAAACCUCGGAAGAGAGGUGGCAAGAGGACAGCGGCUAGCGAUUCCGAGUCGGAGUUAAGUGACCUCGGCUCGUCGGAAGAGGACGAGAAACCCAAGCGCAAGACGGCCAAGCCGAAAACAAGCGCAAAACCCAAACCGAAGCGCAAAGCUAUCGAGAGCGAAUCCGAAGUCGACGAUAACGAGAAGAGCGUAGACGAAGGCGAUACGAAGAAGGAAAAGGACGACGUGUCUAGCCCGAAAACAAAAGAAGCGGCGCAGCCAGAACCUGAAUCCAAGACAGGCGAUAUCAUCGACUCAGACUCAGAGUUAUCCUCGGUAAUAGACGAUCCGCCGCUGAAGAAACGUGGGAAGGCUGCAGCACCCAAAGAUAAGACUAAGGCAUCAGCCGCCAAGCCGACUAAAGAACUGUCCGCAGACGAAGAGGAGGUAAAGAAGCUACAGGGGCAACUUGUCAAAUGCGGCAUCCGGAAGAUAUGGGGGAUCGAGCUGAAGAAGUACGGCGACGAUGCCAAGGCCAAGAUUCGUCACCUUCGUGGCAUGCUGGCAGAUGCGGGGAUGACUGGCCGGUUUUCAGAGGCCCGGGCCAAGGAGAUCAAGGAGCAAAGGGAGCUCAUGGCAGAUCUCGAGGCGGUCACGGAUAUGAAUGCGCUAUGGGGUGAUUCGGCGACAGGUGGUCGUGCAUCGCGUAGCCGAGCAAACAGGAAGUCGCUGAAAGAGGCUUCCGAUGAUGAUGAUGACGAUAACGACGACGACAACGAAGCGGGUGACGAUGGCGACGAUGCUGAAGCAACCAAGGCCAACUCGCGAGUCUCCAAAAGGAUGGCGGACCUCGCAUUUCUCGGCGAUGAGAGCGAGUCCGACUAAGCAAUGCCCGCUCCACUCUAAUGUCUAUUUCAUGGCCAGCUGAUCAUUGCCUGGCGUUCAGUCUCUGCGCAAUCAAGCUGAAGAUGGCCACCGAGCUCAUGAAGAGGACGGCAUUGUAGAAUGCUUUUCUUGAGACUUCUCGUUCCUCUUCUUCUGACCUGGCCUCGAUGAACAGCCGUCUGAGGUUGGGAAAGUUGGCCAUGGCUGUGAUCGCGGAAUUCCUGCUGAUGGAGGCACGUGGACUCCUCUGCUUCAAGGAUAUGCGAUACAAUGACUUGGUCGAGUUGAGGGUGUCCGGAGCAGGCUGGCUUCUGUUUGUG